AUGGGAUUUUCCCAGGAAUCUCAUUCUGGGGAAAGCAGACUCUGCUGUGGCUUUUCAUUGCUUUCUGCAGCCGUGAUCAGCCCCACCAUGUACUUUGACAUCACUGCCGAUGGCAAGCCCUUGGGCCAUGUCUCCUUCGAGCUGUUUGCAGACAAAGUUCCAAAGACAGCAGAAAGCUUCCGUGCUCUGAGCACUGAAGAGAAAGGAUUUGGCUGUAAGGGUUCCUCCUUUCACAGAAUUAUUCCAGGAUUCAUGUGCCAGGGUGGUGACUUCACAACCCAUAAUGGCACUGGUGGCAGGUCCAUCUACGGAGAGAAAUUUGAGGAUGAGAACUUCAUCCUGAUGCAUACAGGUCCUAGCAUCUUGUCCACGGUAAAUGCUGUACCAAACACAAAUGGUUUCCAGGUUUUUAUCUGCACUGCCAAGACUGAAUGGCUCGAUGGCAAGGUCUUUGGGAAGGUGAAAGAAGGUAUGAACAGUGUGGAAGCCAUGAAGCGUUUUGGGUUCAGGAAUGGCAAGACCAGCAAGAUCACUAUUUCCGACUGUGAACAGCUCUAA